UUUGCAUGUCGAUGCAAGGCUGUGCCGGUGCUGUAUGGAGGAAUUUCACUUUGAUGAAGGCGCCUCCUAUCCUUAUUUAAACAGUACUUGUUAAAACCUCCGUAGGCGCCCCGUGUGUCUGCAUCUGCGGCCAAGGCGCCGGUACAAGACGGAGCAGAUGCGCCAUGCGCGCCUCUUAGAAGCUGAUUUUCCUGGUUGAUCCUUUAAAAAAAACUCAUCCGGAGCCUGUCAAGCAGAUCGCCUCGCAGACACGGAGCUUGAAAAGAGUCAUAGGGGAUUCCUAUUACUAAAAUCCUGUACUGACACCGAAAAGGGACCCGAUCUGUCAUUCACUGUUCACUAUUCUUUAAGACACAGGUGAGAGAUGGACGCGCUUUUAAACUCUGCUAUCAGAUGCGUCUUUCUAGCCUAUGUGGAUGCCUGCUUCCUUAAGACGUGUCUCCAUGCUCUGUAUAGCAAGUAUGAAAAGAGCACCGAAAUCGCCGCUGAAAAAUAAGAAUCCGGGACCUAAAAGAAUCGAGGGAAGGGAUUUUGGCAUAUAAGGAUUUAUCCGUGGUACUGAGAGAUCUGUGGAUGAGAAGGAAUACGUUCUUCAGGCUUUUUUUCCCUCCGAGGAUUCAUGAAUGCAUUAAUAAAUGAACACUGUCACUAUGUAUCAUAUCACUAAUAACCGGAGACUACUGAAAAGAAACACAAUACCAUUACCGCGACUGCGCACUUGUUCAGCCGUGGAAAUGUAACAGCGGCUGUACCAGAAAAGCCUUUCUGGAUAGAUGAUCUCGGUAUUUUGAGAAUAUCUAAAAAGUACCGAUUUGCACAUUUUUCAUACACCCUGUUCCUAGGAUUUAUAUGAAGCCAGGUUUUAUUUUUAAAAUCUGCGUAAAAUGGAGGUACGGCUGAAUUAGAUGACUUGUUUAGAUAAAAGGUGUUUCAUAUCGCCUAGGUUUUAUUAAGGAGAAACUUGCAUAUCAGUCGGCGUUAAUGCUUGGGGAACAAAACCACCAUCUUUUGGAGACGGUGCUUGUGCAACAACUUGGAUAAAUAAUCCUUUUAACUAAAACUGGAUGUCGGCACUUUUGGCACAAAUGUACAGAUCGAGAAAAAUACCAUAAAAUGCAUGUUUUCACGAGACAUGCGGAUGGACAUGGUGUAUGGCCAAGGAGUUGCCAAGGCUGCAGUGUGACAGAAUCGCAAGCUUGAUUUCAAAACGUUCUGAAACAGCGUUUUUAUGGGAAAAUGAACCAAAAUUUUUAUGCAAUACGAUACUUAUUCUCAGUUUUAUUUAGUUUUUGUCCGGCAUGAGGCAAAUGGAUUCAAUGGUUCGCUUUUGAUUGGAUAUCGACCUGAAAUCAAGAGAAACGCUGAUUUUAUCUCCCCCGACUCUCCGAGCACACCUUUCUUUGAUGCCAGGCGAGGUCUCUGUGUCGUCAUGACGAGCGAGGAGUGUCCCGGAGUUCUGGGCGUGGCUCGGGUAAGGGCGGGGCCCUGCGAGGACUAUGGUCCCACCCAGGGGGAGGAGACAGCAAAGGAGGCGGGGCCGGGCGAUGACAUCAGCGAGGACCUGAGCACACUGGUGGUGCCCUUCCCUGAGCUGGCUCCUGUCGUCUUCUUUUGCCUCAAGCAGACCACCUGCCCCCGCAGCUGGUGCAUCCGCCUGGUCUCCAGCCCGUGGUUCGAGCGCAUCAGCAUCAUGGUGAUCCUGCUGAACUGCGUCACCCUGGGCAUGUACCAGCCCUGCGAGAACAUCGACUGCUCCUCCGACCGCUGCCAGGUCCUGCAGGCUUUCGACGCCUUCAUCUACAUCUUCUUCGCACUGGAGAUGGUGAUAAAGAUGGUGGCGCUCGGGAUCUUCGGCCAGCGCUGCUACCUGGGGGACACGUGGAACAGACUGGACUUCUUCAUCGUCAUGGCAGGGAUGGUGGAGUAUUCGUUGGACCUUCAGAACAUCAACCUGUCUGCCAUCAGGACCGUGCGGGUGCUCCGGCCGCUCAAAGCCAUCAACCGUGUCCCCAGCAUGCGCAUCCUGGUGAACCUGCUUCUGGACACUCUCCCUAUGCUGGGUAACGUGCUGCUCCUCUGCUUCUUCGUCUUCUUCAUCUUUGGGAUCAUUGGUGUGCAGCUAUGGGCGGGGCUCCUGCGUAACCGCUGCUACCCUGAGGAAAACUUCACCCUCACGUCGGGCCUUACCCUCCCCACGCCGUACUACCAGCCCGAGGAGGACGAUGAGCGACCCUUCAUCUGCUCUCUGGCGGCCGACAACGGCAUCAUGUCGUGCCAGGAUGUGCCGGCACGGCGGGAGGGCGGCCGCGAGUGCUGCCUGGACAAGGAGGAUGUGCUGCGGCGCCAGGCGCUGGGCCUGGCCCCCGAGCCACUGGUCAACGGCAGCGUCAGUGUGGCCGGCCUCUGCGUCAACUGGAACCAGUACUACACCCGCUGCCAGACUGGCCACAGCAACCCGCACAAGGGAGCUAUCAACUUCGACAACAUCGGCUAUGCCUGGAUCGUCAUCUUCCAGGUGAUCACAUUGGAGGGCUGGGUGGAGAUCAUGUACUACGUGAUGGACGCUCACUCCUUCUACAACUUCAUCUACUUCAUCUUCCUCAUCAUCAUUGGCUCCUUCUUCAUGAUCAACCUGUGCCUGGUCGUCAUCGCCACCCAGUUCUCGGAGACCAAGCAACGCGAGCACCAGCUGAUGCAGGAGCAGCGAGCACGUUGCCUUUCCUCCAGCACACUGGCCAGCAUGGCUGAGCCGGGCGACUGCUACGAGGAGAUGUUCCAGUACGUGUGUCACGUGUUGCGUAAGGCACGCCGGCGCUCCGCCGCUCUCUACAACGCUCUGCGUGGCCGUGCUCAGCCACCAGGGGGGAGCAGAGUGCGGGCAGGAAGGCCUGAAGCCGGAACCAGCGUCAACGGCGGAGACAGACAUUACCACCCCCAGCAGAUAGCUCACUGCCCACGCCACAGCAAGCCAGGGAAUAGCACUGGCCCUACGGGCAGCCCCCUCGCCCUCUCAGUCGUGCCUGUGGCUGAGGACUGCCCAGACUGCAGGAUGGCUCUGCCUGUCAGGGAAGUGACUGGAGCUCUGAGCGUAUCAGCCAAUGAGGAGGAGGAGGACAGAGCUAUGGAGGAGACAGAUGGUUAUAGCAACCACCUGGAAGAGGAUGAGGGGGCAGAUGAGGUUGUGGAGCACAAGGCGAACAGGAGGAAGAGGAUGAGCUGCUGGGGCUGGUGCAGGGCACUCUGGAGAAGCAUGCGUGUCAACCUGCGGAGCAUCGUGGAGAGCAAGUACUUCAACAGAGGCAUUAUGAUAGCUAUCCUGAUCAACACUAUCAGCAUGGGCAUCGAGCACCAUGACCAGCCAGAAGAAUUAACCAACGUGUUGGAGAUCAGCAACAUCGUCUUCACCAGCAUGUUCACGCUGGAAAUGAUCCUCAAGCUCACUGCCUUCGGCUUCUUCAGCUACCUGCGUAACCCGUACAACAUCUUCGACGGCAUCAUCGUCAUCAUCAGCGUGUGUGAGAUUGUGGGCCAGGCUGAUGGCGGCCUGUCCGUCCUCCGGACCUUCCGCCUCCUCCGGGUCAUCAAGCUGGUCCGCUUCAUGCCGGCUCUACGGCGCCAGCUGGUGGUGCUUAUGAAGACCAUGGACAACGUGGCCACCUUCUGCAUGCUCCUCAUGCUCUUCAUCUUCAUCUUCAGCAUCCUAGGAAUGCACAUCUUUGGCUGUAAAUUCAGCCUGAAGACUGAGGCGGGCGACACGGUUCCCGACAGGAAGAACUUCGACUCGCUGUUGUGGGCCAUCGUCACCGUGUUCCAGAUCCUGACCCAGGAGGACUGGAACAUGGUGCUCUACAACGGCAUGGCCUCCACCUCCCCCUGGGCCGCCCUCUACUUCGUGGCCCUCAUGACCUUUGGCAACUACGUGCUGUUCAACCUGCUGGUGGCCAUCCUGGUGGAGGGCUUCCAGGCAGAGGGCGAUGCCAAUCGUUCGUAUUCUGAGGACGACAAGUCUUCUUCCAACUUUGAGGAGACAGAGAAAAGAAGAGAUUCCAUCCAGCUCUCAGACCCAAAGAUCUGCACUCUUACCCCCAACGGACACCUGGACGUGACUCCAGCCGCUCCAGCCAAGGGGCCCAGCCUGGCUCUAGGCUCCCGGAAAAGCAGUGUAGUCUCUCUGGGCAAAGGCGGUGGGGAGCCGCACUCGCUGGCGGAGUGGCCCAGCCUGGCUCUGGGCUACAGGAACAGCAGCGUAGCCUCUCUGGGAAAGGGCAACAUGGAGCCAUGCUCCCUGUGUUCUGGCCACAGUUCCCUCUACCACAACUGGGGCCGCCCUCACCCGCAAUCGGUGUGGAGCCGGAGGUCAAGCUGGAACAGCCUGGGCCGCUCUUCUCGGGGGGUGGGGGGGAGCAGCCUGCGAGCCCGUGGCCCCCACUCCGUCCCAGUGGAGCAUGAGUCCCUGCUAUCGCCGCCUCUGCCCCCGCUGCCCCCGCUGCCCCUGCCACCCCCCCCCUCGCUAUCCCGGCGCUUCGCCCCCUGCCGGGACCGCCGCGCCCUCUCCCUGGAGCUGCCCGAGCUUCUGCAGGUGCCCACUGUGCUGCCCCUUAACCCCCUGGCACACAAGAAGAGCCUCUUGGGGGCAGUGCCGGGGCCCGGGCUGCCGGCGGAGCACCAGGACUGCAACGGCAGGGCGCCUAGCCCCAGCCCCCAGCUCCUGGGGGAGGUCUACCCGCAGGUCAGCACCCGCGCGGAGAGGGAGGAGCUCGACGAGGAGAUCGACUAUAGCCUGUGCUUCCGGGUCCAGAAGAUGAUGGAGGUGUACAGGCCGGACUGGUGCGAGGCCAGAGAAGACUGGUCUGUCUACCUCUUCUCCCCUCAGAACAAGUUCCGGUUGCUCUGCCAGUCGGUGAUCGCGCACAAGCUGUUCGACUACGUAGUUCUGGGCAUCAUCUUCUCCAACUGCAUCACCGUAGCCCUGGAGAGGCCCAAGAUCCACCAGGGCAGCCUGGAAAGGCUUCUCCUCACCAUCUCCAACUACAUCUUCACCAUCAUCUUCGUGGGGGAGAUGACCCUCAAGGUGGUGUCCAUGGGCCUGUACCUGGGGGAGCAGGCCUACUUACGUAGCAGCUGGAAUGUGCUGGACUGCUUUCUGGUGUUCGUGUCCCUCGUCGACAUCGUGGUCUCCAUGGCCGGUGGGGCCAAGAUCCUGGGCGUGCUGCGAGUUCUCAGGCUGCUCCGCACACUGCGCCCCCUCAGGGUGAUAAGCCGAGCCCCAGGAUUAAAGCUGGUGGUGGAGACCCUGAUCACCUCCCUCAAACCCAUCGGCAACAUCGUCUUGAUCUGCUGCGCUUUCUUCAUCAUCUUCGGCAUCCUGGGGGUCCAGCUCUUCAAAGGCAAGUUUUUCUACUGCUUGGGCCCAGAUGUGAAGAAUAUUACCAAUAAGUCUGACUGCCUUCUUGCUAAUUACAAGUGGGUCCAUCACAAGUACAAUUUUGACAACCUGGGCCAGGCUCUGAUGUCCUUAUUUGUACUGGCUUCCAAGGACGGGUGGGUCAACAUCAUGUAUCAUGGCCUGGACGCAGUGGGAAUCGACCAGCAGCCCGUCACCAACAACAACCCCUGGAUGCUGCUCUACUUCAUCUCCUUCCUGCUCAUCGUCAGCUUCUUCGUGCUCAACAUGUUCGUGGGCGUGGUGGUGGAGAACUUCCACAAGUGCCGGCAGCACCAGGAGGUGGAGGAGGCCAGGCGGAGGGAGGAGAAGAGGAUAAGGAGGAUGGAGAAGAAGAGACGGAAGGCUCAGAAGCUGCCCUACUAUGCCAACUACAGCCACACCCGCCUAAUGAUCCACAGCCUGUGCACCAGCCACUACCUGGACCUCUUCAUCACCUUCAUCAUCUGCGUCAACGUGGUCACCAUGUCCCUUGAGCACUACAGCCAGCCUCACUCCCUGGAGAUCGGACUCAAAUACUGCAAUUACUUUUUCACCACCACCUUCGUCCUGGAGGCGGCGCUGAAGCUCAUCGCCUUUGGCUUUCGACGCUUCUUCAAGGACAGGUGGAACCAGCUGGACCUGGCUAUCGUGCUGCUGUCAGUGAUGGGCAUCACCCUAGAGGAGAUCGAGAUUAGCGCUGCCCUGCCCAUCAACCCCACCAUCAUCCGCAUCAUGAGGGUGCUCCGCAUCGCCCGCGUGCUCAAGCUUUUGAAGAUGGCCACAGGAAUGCGUGCCCUGCUGGACACGGUGGUCCAGGCCCUGCCACAGGUGGGAAACCUGGGGCUGCUCUUUAUGCUGCUCUUCUUCAUCUACGCAGCCCUUGGGGUGGAGCUCUUUGGGGAGCUGGUGUGUAACGAGGAUUACCCCUGCGAGGGCAUGAGUCGCCACGCCACCUUCGAGAACUUCGGCAUGGCAUUCCUCACCCUCUUCCAGGUGUCCACCGGCGAUAACUGGAACGGCAUCAUGAAGGACACACUGCGCGAGUGCCCAUCAAGCGAAUACAACUGCAACGCCAGCCUGCAGUUCAUCUCGCCCAUGUACUUCGUGAGCUUCGUGCUGACGGCACAGUUCGUGCUUAUCAACGUGGUGGUGGCCGUGCUCAUGAAGCACCUGGACGACUCCAACAAGGAGGCGCAGGAGGACGCCGAGAUGGAUGCCGAGAUCGAGCUGGAGUUGGCCCAGGGGACGCUCUGCUGCAUGGGCGGGAUGGCCGGAGGCCGAGGGGGCGGAGCCUCCCGUGGCGGGGCAGGGGUCGGCGCCAACCCCAGCACACCCCACAAAGAGUCGCAGAACCCCAGCCAGGUUUUCUCCCCUGUCCAGGAGAGCCUGUGGCUGGACAGCGUCUCCCUGCUCAUCAAAGACUCCCUGGAGGGUGAGCUGCUGAUGAUCGACAACCUCUCAGGCUCCGUCUUCCAUCAUUACUCCUCCCCGCCGGUCUGCAAGGACUGCCGGCGCCACCCGCAGGAGAUCCGGCUGGCAGAGGUAGAGCAGCUCUCAGACAAGUCGUCAUCUCCGGCCCUGCCAGACAACCUGAGCCUGGACGAGCAUAGUGUGUUCCAGCUUCUGGUGCAAGACUCCAGGGAGGGAACAGGCAGCAGUUUGUCCCAGAGCUCCAAUGAGCUGCCCGGCCCCCAAGGGGAGGGGACUCUCCUGGGGGAGGACGGGCUGCUCCUGGAAACUCCGACGUCCCAUAGCUCAGAGUUCUUCCACCCUGUGGCACCAGCCUCCCAUGCCGGCCACAGCAGGGGGGGGACACCAUCACAGCGAGGGCACCAGCUGUCCUUACCAGCUUCCUGGGCCUCUCUGCGGUGCCCAGGUGCAAACAGCGGCCUACUCAGCACACAGUACCCCUCCCACAGUGACUCUUCCCUGGCUACUGGAAGCUCUGAGGGCAGUCUGCAAACCACUCUAGAGGAAGGUCUAAGUUUCAGUAUUUCACCCCCUCAAGACAUUACCAUGCCCCUACCUCGCAUCAGUCCUCUACCCGAUGACCCCAACUGCUCCCCCGGAGAACCUCAGAGUCCCCUGGUACACCAUUUGGUGGACACUCCAGCCGUAAUUAACCUCCAAACCACAAGGGGGCACCAAAGAAGUCAAAGCAGUUGUGGGGAGAGCAACAGCCCUGGCUGUGAAAGAAAAGACUCUAUUGAUCCCUCUGAUGAAGAUCUUGGGAUAGGGAUUGGAGGGGGUGGAUCUAGCCAGGCCUGUAACAGCGAACAUUUGUCAGAGACUCUGAGUAGCCUGUCUCUCACGUCUUUGCUUUCCCCAAGCUCACUGGCCCCACAGCUGGGGAAAAAAUGCAACAGCACAGGUAGUCUGGAUCAAGGGAGUCUGUCAGCAAGGGGCAGGGAGGUCCGUCUGUUUUCAGGCUCUGACGCCCGCGGCUACCUCUCCAGCCCCUGGACUGGAGAGAAGGGGGGCAGAGCAGGGGAGGGGGACAUGGCAGAAUUUGAUGUGAGAAGUACAAACCAGAACACAGUAGCAGCUUCUAGAAAAAAGAGAUGAGGUCUCUCGUUCCCAGAUUGUUCUGAAGGUCCCCUCUCUUCCCUCUCCGUUACCAGAGGGCUGUUCAACUCAAAGUUCUCCUCUCUUUCAUUUGUGACCCCUCUCAUUACAAAUUUCCCUGGGAAUCUGAAUAAAAAAUAUAUAUAUUUUGUUUCAAAGGCAUUACAGGGAUUGAAAAAGGGGGCAGAUGUCCGUUGGUAGGAUAUUGCCUCCCAUGCGAGACGGAUGAGGACUCACCGUUAAAAAAAACCCAACAGCACAAAGGAAAAGAACACUUUUUAAAAGCGGGGAGAACUGGAGAAAUUCCCACUGGGCUUCCAGUGGCUGUGAAAGUUAUAAUGCAAAAAAAAAUAAAACAGUCUUCAAAUAAGUGCUUAUAUCACGUCAAUGGUGCAGGGAUGUGAACUGCUCAGCUCGGCAAGGUCACACCGGCUCUCCCAUCACAGGAAAUGAUGACGGAUAUUCUGGCUGCAGUGGGGGGGGGGGGGUGGAUGCGGGCCGACUGAUUGAGAUGCGGGCAUGAAAGCCCCGCCUUUCGGGAUGCCAGGAACCUCUCAGCUUAAUUACGGUUCCCUUCCUAUUCUAGUAAGUCAAAGGAAAACAGAGAGUCCUGGGACGGCAGCAGAGUCAAAGGGCGAGGAGGUCCAUAACACAGGAGAGAAGGAAAGAGAAAGAGAGAGAGAAAGACAGCGAGAGAGAGAGAGAGAGAAGCCAAAGCAAGCGCCGCUGGAGCAACACUGGGGGAGUUGCAGGAGAAGACUGGCUAGACGAGGACAUGGAUCCUGUUGCAAUAAAAUGACACGCUAGAUGAAUUAAGGGACACUCGCCUUGGACGAUGCAUAGCUACCUGCAUUCCGGAAGUGGCAGGCAGAGAGGACUUGGGUGCAAGUGGGCGGUCCCUGGAAAAAUAAUCACUCAGUAACAAACAAAUUCAGGCACACGUAGAUGCAAGAAAGCGAUAGUUUAGCUUUAUUUUUAAAUGCAGAUAGGAAAACGGAAGACAAUUACAGUGGUUUUUUAUUACAGUCGCCCUGCAAAUAGUGUCCCGUCUUUAGAACCUUUGUCAAUGUGAGAGAAAGAGUAAAGAAAAAAAAACGAAGACAGAACCUUCUAGAAAUGGUUUUGCGGACGAACAGAGGAAGAGCAGCAAGGAGUUUCCGUCCUCCAUGGAUUCCUGCCCUGAAAACUACGUUUGACUUGUUUCGUCCCUCACGUCUGGAACUCAGAAUUUGUUAAUUGUUAAAGGGUCAUUUGCACUGGGGUUAUAAUUAUGUGUCUGACAGCUGAUCAUUAACAAGGUCUGUGGCCUCGUAAAAAAGGGGAUUUUAAUCUCUGGGUGAGUCCCUGGGUCGAUAUCACAGAUACCUUGUCCGUGUGUAGAGAAUGACUGUCUGUUUUGGCUGUCAGGUAUGACUCCGUCUUGCAGACCUGCCCUGUCCGUCUUCGUCUCCCCAAUGACUGAGGAUGACCUCUCGCAGCUCACAGACGGCACCGCCAGUUGGCGGCUGGAUUAGGUUCUGUGUGUGACUGACCCCGGCCAGCCUCUGCCAUGCAGUCCUGCGUGGCUGCCGUCCAUGCCCUUUGUGUGUGACAUGGUUUUUCUCGUGUUUCAGGGUCUGGACCUACAGAUCGGAAUGAGAUCUGAGAGUCAAAGCAUUGACAUUCAAGGCUUUUGUUCGUGUGGUUUUAUGAGAGUGAGUUAACUUACCUCCAGCCAAGCAAAAUUUUGUGAUUCCUGAGUCUUAGGAGUGCUGGGCAUUGUGUUGGAAGGCCAUGUGUGGCCAAGUUUGUAUCUGACCAGUGUGGACUAUUCUAUCCAGUACCCUGUAUCCUUUUCAGUAUUAUGCUGAGUACUCAGUUUGUAAUUCUGUUGUGUUUUCUAUUAUUUAUUCUGUUCCACUGAGUACUAUUCCAUUGAGAACUCAGUUCAUCAUUCUGUUCAGUAUUCUAUUGAGUACUCAGUCCAUUAUUAUGUUCAGUAUUCUGCAGUAUUCAGUUAAUUAUUUUCCUGUAUCCAUUGAAUACGCAGUUCAUCAUUCUGUUAUGCGUUCUGUUGAGUACUCGUAUCGUUCAUUAUUCCCUUACAAAUUCCAUUGAGUACUCCAUCUUGCCAGCCAGCUUGGGAAUGCUGCAUGUGACUGCCAUCCAGAUUCAUUAAGAUUCAUCCCGUUUCAUAGCUGUCAAAGGUGGACUUAUCGGGUCCCGUGAGCUCCACCCACCUGCAGCGUUUUAGUCGUGGGGGGAAUUCCACGGCCUCUUGCUGGAAGGCAGAAACUAAACGAACCGUAAUCUUGAUCUAUGGGACGGGGGAGGGCUAAACGAGAUGAUUAAGCUUUAAUUUGAUUUUUUGACCAGAGAGCCUUUACCAAACCUCAUUCUUGCACAGUUCUCUGGUGACACGUCAGCAGUCCGAGGACUGAGAAGAGUUGAUGCUGGUUGGCACGUGGCUUCACCUCCCCUGUAUCCCACCCUCUGAUAACUGAACCAGCAGCAAAUUGCACACAUUCCUCUUUUAUCUGGGAAGAUCAUUUCAGGGGGACGAUUUGACAGAUCUCCACAUCUGCCCAACCUAUUCCCUUUGAAGGCUGCCAGCUGGUCAUGUGGUUAAUUACACCUGCAAAUUAGCGACAACCCCCCCCCCCCCCCACCACCUGAAGAUGCUCUGAGGCUUGGCUGAUCAAGACCGGAGUCCGUGUAGCCUGUCAGGAGAUCAAGGCUGGGAGAAACAGCUGGUGUGGAGAAGAGGACAUGGACGCCUGAUAGGAGAUGCCGGAGAACGAGGGCCACAUUUCAAAGGGACCCAGACCUCAGCGUCCCUGAGUGUGAGCUCAGAGCCCAUGGCAGUCAGGGGAGGAAAACACGGUAAAGGCCAUUUACUGAGGUGGAGAAGCUCACAGGGCGAUAGGAAGUAGGCACUGCGGGGUCUGUCCCGUGAAAGAUGGAGGAGAUGGAGCCCCUGCUGGUGAAUGGGGUAUAUCCAAGCUACACACCAAACAGCCAUUAGCGGGGGGCACCAUUCGGGGUGAGGCGCGCUAACGUCACAUGAUGUCGCUGCUGCAGUGAUGUGGCCCUCUUCAUACUCACUUCACGAAAGCACAUCCUCACAUUCAUGCUUUGGGGCUGAGUGACAUCAUGUAUAUGUCUGUUUCUAUCGCAGUAAACCGAUAGAUAAUACAUGCAUGCAAUCACUGCCUGGAGUUUUAAUCAGAACACAAACGAACUCAACUGUAAGGUACAAACAGAUGAUUACAGCCCAGUGUAUUAAAAUUGAAUCAAUAGCUUCUGUUUUGUGGAUACUUUGACCCCAGUCCAAUUUUACCUCUAGAAAUCACAGAUAAAUUAAACCAAUAGACUAUUCAGAUGAGAAGGUUCUGAACGGACAGGAAAAGAGUCUGAUUAACGUAAGGCUGUUUACUGCAGUCAGGCUGAUUACAAUGCUUAUUAACAUAUUUUGUUUUGCCGUGUGUCGGGUGGGGUAAUGAAUUUAUUGCCCAGACUUGUUCACUGGGUGUCUAUCAGAGAGGGCAACUUGCUGCAGCAGACUCAGCUCGCAUUAAAUGCGACACAUGGCUUUUCCUACACGGAUUGUUGGGGGGGGGGGUUGCAGGGUACAGGUCUGCCUGUGCACUUGGGAGGGAUUAAGAUGCCGUGACUUUCCAGUGGAUUUUCGCAGUAGCAGGUUUGCUACUACACGACCUUUGACCCCAGCCACGCCUGCCAAUCAGGUGUUCGAGCCUUCGUCGGGAGUGCUAGGCUGUGUCACAUGAUCCGAGUAGGAAGCCUGGUUAUGUGAAACCCGACUACAUUGGUCCUUAGAUCCUCGAGCCGCAUACCCCUCACAUCCCAGUGACAAAGGUGAGGCCCUCACCCAUGUGUGCAGUCAGCUUAUUGGUUGCUAUGUCCAGCAGCCAAUCACAGUUGGCCAGGUCACCCUUGCACCCAAUCAUGGUGCUCCUGUAGUAGGAAAUGCUGCUUAAUGUUGGUGGGUUCAUGUAAGGCAAGCGCUGCAAUCCGUUACACAUUAAUCACCGCUAAUUAAAACGACAGCUAGGAGGCGCUGGACUGAGCAGGGCCGUGCGGCAGGUGGUCUGUGCUGAUUAUUUAUUUGGCUCCACCAGGGUGUGGCGCUGAGGCAGGUGUCUCGAUUGGGCAUCAGCCUAUUAUGGGUCAGUCUCACUGCUCCAGGGUCGCCGUUUUCCAGCUCUCCUGAUACCAGGUGCACAAUGCUGAGGGUGGUAAUGGAGCUGCGGGGGGGGGGCAGAGGGUGUCAGUCGCGCCCACGAGAAACGACCACCAGCAACUCCAGGUUCCCGUCUACUUUGUUUAUUACAACAUUUAUAGUCUGACGCUGGUUUGCAUGUGUCUGCACCUCCAAGGAAUCUGGAUGCAGAUCCCCAUUUACCUGAUGCUGUUAGAAGGAUUCACACCGGAUAGAGGGAUUUUAUAUCGAUAUGUGUAUAAUAAGUCUGAUGUACGAUCAUUCGCUUAGAAUGAUGGCUCAACCGGUUGGCUGUGCUGGGGGUGGGGGGGGGGGGGGGGGUUUGCAGGGGCAAAUGGGGACAGAUUAUCACCUGCGCUUGAAGGGGUCCCUCGAUUUUAUUUUUGGGGCGCGUAUCAGGCACGCAGAAACCCCUACUUGGGGGCUUGUUGGAUCUCUGCAGAAAGGACCAAGCUUCUUUAUGGCCUUUGUCAGCCCGAUGGGACGAAGGCGGAGCCUCGGGGACGGAGCAACAAAGCUAAACAAACUAAACAAAAGCCCAGGGUAAAUCCUGUGUCCACGCUCUGACACAUAUCAACAGUGCAGUAUAUUCAUUCCCGAAUCCCUGACUGGGCUGUCUCAGUUCUGUGUGACUGAAUGCGCAUUUAAGCGGGACGAUAUGGCGUUAGGGAGGGACUCUCAUCUUUAUCUCACCAUGCAGGUAGUUUGCAGGUUUCUGCUGUUUGAUAUCUUUGUUUCAAUGCAUGUUUUUUUUUGCCACCUUUGGCCCGUGGAAACACCCAGAUCAAAACCACCACAAACCAUGUUAGUCAAGCCCUUUGGGGGAGAAAUAGCAGCUGGAUUAAUGCAUAGAGCCAUAAUGCAUAAGCGUGUGUCAGACUGGAAGCUGAAUCCUCGGCCGCAGUCUGAUCUCCAUUUCCGGGUCGUUCCGUUCCUCUCGACAGUCGGUCUCUCAUUUUUCCCCGAAUCUUACGGUUUUCUCCUGAACAGCCACUUUAUAUUUCUGUUCAGCGACUCAUUAAAAACAUUUUAAAUGGAGUAGAAAUAUCGAUAAAUAUAUAAAUGUACACAUAUUUUCCUUUGUAUGAUAUUGUGUCUAUUGAUUGAUUUUGUUCUGUAAAACCAAACUAAAAUUGUGCAAUAAUGAAAAACAAUGAAAAACAGCAGCAUCAGAUGCCUGUAAUUUAAUGUAAAUAUUGAGGCUUGUGGCAAUAAGCUGUAGUAUGAAUGACCAAUAGAGAUGGAGUUUUGCCUUCCUUUCCCCGCCCCCAGCCCGAGUACAUCUGCAGUCAUCAGGUACAUUUCAUUGUAAAAUGUAUUUAUGAAAUAAAAUGUAAGAUACCCGCAUUUAUGACA